AUGUGUCACUCCUUGAUAGCUCUCACCGUGAUACCCUCCGUCCUGUACAUUCUCUUCGAAGAGAAGGACGUCCGUUUAAAGCUGAAGGCCGUCGGGCCCACGAGUCACUGGCUCAUGGGUGGCGUGAAUUACUGCUCAUUGCUGUAUCAAAAGGGUCAGAUACGUAAAUCUGUCGAGCAUAUGGAGACUGAUUGGCUAACGGCGAGGAGAGAGCGCGAUCAGAAGCUGAUGCUGAGGAACGCGCGAGUGGGACGCGUAAUAGCGGGCGUUUGCGCGCUCAUCAUGCAGGGCGGCGUGAUAUGUUACAACAUAGCGCGGGGAAUGUCGCGGAUAACCGUGGUGAUCGGCAACGAGACGAUCGAGACGGGCCGCCUGCCGUGUCCGUCGUUCAACAUGAUCGUGGACACCAGGCUCAGCCCGGUGUACGAGAUCGUGCUCGCGUUGCAGUGCCUCUCGACCAUCGUCGUCAACAACAUCACGAUCGGCGCGUGCGGCCUCGCCGCCGUUUUCGCGAUGCACGCCUCCGGCCAGCUCAACGUAGUGAUGCUACGUCUCGAGGAACUCGUCACCGAGCGGCAGGAACUCCUCCAGUCGAGACUGGCGAACAUUGUGGAGCAUCAUCUGCGAGCGUUGAAGUAA